AUGGGCCUCCUUUUUGAGCUAUCUCCGGGUAUUGGGCCUAGCCGCAAGCCCCAAGCCCCAAGCUUCUCACUGGGAUACUACAAAAGGGUUUUUUUUUCUGUAGGCUACAGGCAUCACGUUCACGAGUUCUUCAUCAAUCUCCAAGCCGCCCCAGUUGAACGAAAAGAGGAAAUCACAGAAAUGUCGGAGCAACUCCCCCAAGAUCUUCAGAUUGACAUCCUGGUAAGACUACCCGUGAAAUCACUUUUACGAUUCCAAUGUGUUUCCAAAUCGUGGGAAUCUUUAAUCCGUAGCUCUGGUUUUAUUUCCAUGCACACCAAGCACAAUGAGAGCACCAACAAUUAUGCUCACUUAGUUCAUGGGUGCUUAUCUCGGACUGGCCAUGAGGAGGAGACAGACUUCGGAUGUGAGUUACACGAGUUCGAUAAUUCCUUCCGUGAGUUUCAAGAAAUUGAAUUUCCAUCUCAGACUAAAGAUGAAUAUUUUCACGAAGUCCUUGAUUGUAAGGGAUUGCUACUUUUCACCAAUCCAUCCGGAUUGAAUGGUGAUCAUUUCGAACGCUAUAUUCUAUGGAACCCUGCAGCCAGACUGACUAUGACUCUCCCUACGCCUUGCAUUGAUAUACCCCACCGCAACUACUACUACAACUACUAUUCUCACGGGUUCGGUUUUGACGAUAAAAGCAGUGAUUACAAGGUGCUGAGAAUCGUGUAUGAAUAUAAUGGUACUCAUGGUAGAACGAUGGCAGAACUGUUUAAACUCCGUACAGGCGCUUGGGAGACUGUUAGUGUCAUUGACGACUUUCGCUAUGUAAUAGUACGUGGCGCUUCACAGGCUUUCGUAAAUGGGACUACCCAUUGGGUUGGAUAUCAUUCGAGCUUUCUCGAGUACUCCCUUAUUCAAAAAGAAUUGGUGGUCCUGUUGUUUCAUAUGUCUGACGAGGAAUUCCGAGUGAUGAAGCUUCCAGAUGUUCUAACUCGAACAGAUUUCAAUUGUAUUUCUCUUGUGGUAUCUGGUGGGUUGCUCUCUGUGAUACAGAACUAUAAUCCAAGAAACCAUGACGAUUUGAGUGGGCCAGCUUAUAGUUGUUGCAUUUGGUUGAUGAAAGAAUAUGGCGUAAUAGGGUCAUGGAGUAAACAAUGCACUAUUGAUUUAAGGGAUCGUGGAGGGUUGUGGGAGACAAUCAGUUUUAGGAACAGAAGAGUUCUCCUUCUAACCAUGGGCAGGAGAAAAGAGCUGGUCUUAUAUGAUCUCAUGACCAAUAGAUUCCUUAAUCUUGGAAUUAGAAAUAUGAACCACUUUUUGCGUACUAUGAAUACAUAUGUACAAAGUCUUGCUUUACUCGAUCAAGUAAAUGCUGUGCCAGAGUACUAG